AUGGACCGUACACAGCCCAAGAUACCCCAUUCCAAAGACCUGCGCAUCAACAGAACCAGGCACCCAGCGAAGGCAUCCGCUUUAAAAAAUGCAGAAACAGCGGCCCUGGGUAAAUCACCUUUUGGUGUCAGCUCUGGAAGGAGACAGACCAGUUUCACCUUGAAGUCAUGGGCUCGAUCACUCUUAGCUCUCAUGAAACUACGUGAAGCUAUCAUAAACGAAGAUAUAUCUGCUGUCACGAAAAGUCUGAACUCGGGGAUUAACCCUAAUAUCCAAAUUGGGAAGACUUUGAACCCGCUCGUUGCGGCUGUCGAGGUUGACAAUUUGGAAUUGAUCCAACUUCUGCUCAACGCAGGCGCAGAUGUGAACCUGCCUCUAGAGCACGGUCACUUUGGUAGUGUUCUCGUUGCGGCUUGCUACCAUGGCAAUCACAAGUCCGUUGAACUCUUGUUAGAGGCAGGCGCGACUGUCGACAUGCAAGUUCUGCACGGGGACUACGGCACCGCUCUUGUUGCGGCCUGCUGUUCUGAAACAACAAAAUCAGCAGAGAUCCUGCUAGAUGCUGGAGCUAAUCCUAAUUUCCAGGUAAAAAAUGGUACUUUUGGGAGUGCACUCGCGGCAGCUUGUUGUUAUUUGACUGCCACGACUCUCGUUCCUCUUCUACUAGAAGCUGGAGCAGAUCCUAACCUUCCACUUCUUUACGGGAACUAUGGCAAUGCUAUAUCAUCUGCAAUCAGAAAUAAAAGCAGAAGUGCCGCCAAAUCCCUUUUAACAUAUAAUGCCUUUCUUGAGCGUUUUUCGGAUAAUCUAUUGAGUCAAAUACCUGGUUGGGGCGAGGAGUAUUCGACUGGGCUAUCUUCUGGGACCAGCGAACUAAUUAUUUUUGGCACAGAAUCCUGGGGUGCUGACAUGCAUUCUGUUGAUUUUCAAGAAGGGAAAGAAGAAUUGUGGCUCUCAAGUACCGUGGCUUUGAUUUGGCAAGAUGAUACCAUAAAGCUCACAACAUUGUGGGACUGGUUGAAUCGUUUCGUAUCCCCGUCGCUUGGAUUGCGUUUGCUGAAUGGGAUCAGAAGGGCCUUAAAAUAUGAACGUGAUCAGUUCUAUAGUGAGCUCAUCCUUAUUUCUUGA